AUGCCGACGACUCGCGCGCCGCGCCGCUCCCCGCGUCUCGCGGCGUCCGCGCGUCGCCUCGCGCCGUCCGGGACGAGCGCCCCCGCGAGGGAUCUUCUCUCUUUCUCUCGGCACCCGUUCCGAAUCGUUCCGUCGACGACGGCGGCGGGCGCGGGCGCCGUCCCCGCUUCCGCGCGCCGCGCCGCUUCCGCGCGAAUUCGCGCGAACGCGUCCGACGCCGACGCCGACGCCGACGACGCCCCCCUGAACGCGGACGCGCUCCUCCGGGAGAUGGCGGACACGUCCGAUCUCGGGAAGCGCGGGGAGCUCUUCUUCGUCGGUCAGGCGCGUUCUAUACACUGGUCCCCAUACGACCCCGUCGCCGUGGUGAACGCCGAUCCUUAA